AUGAGCCGGCUUCAACACUCGACAACCUCCAAGCCAUUCUUUUUAUACUUCGCCCCUUCUCCGUCUCCCUUCUCCGUCUCCCUUCUCCGUCUCCCUUCUCCGUCUCCCUUCUCCGUCUCCCUUCUCCGUCUCCCUUCUCCGUCUCCCUACAGCACGUCGAACCGAAUUCGACACCCGACAGUCUCCAAGUGUUUCCAUUUUUCUACUUCGCCCUUUUUCGUCUCCAUCCACUACACUCAACCAACUUCAACACUCGACAAUCUCCAAGCGAUUCCUUUACUCAUCUUCUCCCUUCUCCGUCUCCUUCCACCUCUCCGUCUCCCUCCACCGCAUCGAACCUUCAACACCUGGCCGUUUCGAAAUAUCUUCAUCUUCUCUAAUUACUUGCUUUCCUGUCUGUCUCUUGUCGCUAACGGCUCCCCAGUUACUAAAAUCUUUGCUAAUAUCUGCCAGAUUGCCACCAAUUCCUCUCUUGUCUUUCCCAUGCUUCGGCUUGAGGGAGCCUUUAUGCGAUUCGAAAGGAAGCGCCGAAUUGAGCCUGGGCGAGGCAAUAUCUUACACAAGUACCUGCAGUAUGGAGGUAUUAGUGUCGGCCCCAGCUUCGGGGGUGGCACCCUGAUUGAGAAGGAGCGAGGAAGCCUGGAUAUUAGUUUCGACAAAGUGAUUCGGAGCUUCUUCAGCACUUAUUACCUAAGAUACUUCAAUCCAGAAGCUGUUGAGGAUAUCGAACCCGCCACGGAUACCAUUCGGAAUUUCCUCACAUUCUUACUUUUCCAUGACGCGUGUCCGGCAUACAACGAUGACGUCCUCCAGGCCCGCAAGAUAUGCAUCAUUGCAAAUAUGGAGCUAUGGGAGGAAUGGCAGCCAUUUAUUCGUGACCAUCGUGGCUACCCCACAGAUUUCAUCAUCAAGCCUGCCUCGCUUUCAUCAAGAGAUCAAUUCCCCUUAAACAAUUCAAUGCCGAAAUACCAUCCAGCAAGUGUGCUUCUCCCGCAUCGGAUUGCAAUCUUAUGCAACAGCACGUCAGAAAGGAAGAACACAACAGAGAAAUUGAUACCACCAGAAGAGCUAAACGCCUUCCCCACUACAACUCAAGCGGAACCAAAGCAAAAGGCCAUCAUGGACUGCGAGAUGGUAUUGGUUUCCGGAGGCCGCCUGGAACUCGCCUUUCUGACAGCUCUCGACUUCCUGUCUGGUGAGCCACUCAUCGAUCACCACGUGUAG